UCGUAACAAGAUUAGAGGAACAUUUGCGCACAACCGGUGUCGACCCAUCGAGGGUACUUUUUCAGAUUUCUGUCGGCGACGGACAGGUACGGGGCGAUUCGACAGUGAUGGCGGUAGACACUACGCCUUCCACUAACGCAAGUUUGUUGGGGGGUGACUUUGAUAGUAACCGUUUACAGUCGACAUCCAACCCACUCGACACCGCGAACACCGGAAAUAUUUUUUCGUCUGCCGCAGCGCAACUCGAGCCGCUACGUCAAUCGAUCGGUUAUCAAACCGAACGUAUCGCAUACGAAUUACGCAUUACGAAGUUGGAAGCGAGUUUAGCGCAGCUUUUAAAUGAGCAACGACAAAACUCGCGGGGAUACGAACCCGACGUGUCCACCCAACACCAAUCGCGACGCGAAUCGGUACGUCUUCCGGUAGACACUCACGUCAAUACGUAUGCGCACGCUCACCAUCAAGAAAUUCCGACCGUUUUUCAAAGUGACAACCACGCGCCCGCACAGGCGGGUGACGACCGCGUCAACACCGCAGCGAGUACGUCGUAUUACACACGCAACUUGACCGGUCAACAAACGAUUUCUAAAUAAUUCGGAAUCUGUCCUAUCGCAGGCGAAAAUACACAUGUCCGGCUGGUGUAGAGCUAUUGAACCGCAAUUAAAGGGUACGGCCGCGACUUGGUGGAACUCCAUUAAGGUCCUGGAACUAUCCUGGGAUGAAUUCCGAGUCGAAUUUUUAACAAAUUUCGACAAUGACGAAAUUCAACUUCGGUUGCGCGCUGAUAUAUUGUCGACACGUCAGUCCGCGACACAGUCGUUAACGGAAUUUAUUUUGGAUAAAAACCAACUCGCGCGUCGCGUAAAUACUGGCCUAUCCAAAGCGGAUUUGGUUCUGUACAUUACCGGAUUAACGCGCGAUGAAUUCCGUACGCACAUACGACUUCGACAGCCGUCUACUUUCGCCGAGCUUCGACGCAUCGCGAGUAUUUUAGAUCCUGUCGUAUGCACACCAUGCUCAACCCCGCGA